CGCUGCGCUCUCGUGCAGCAGAUGCCGUUGGCUGAGGUACCUGUUGCGUCGUAGAAGGAAGGAUGGAGAGCAAGAGGACAGAGAGUUAGGCCUGUUUUAUCUCACUACAACGAACAAAUAGAGGACAACCGACAGGUGUAUUUCAGUAAUAUAAUGAAUUUGGCUUCAGUUUCAAAACAUAAUUUCUUAUUGACAAAUUGAAACGGCAUAAAACAUGCGCCGGAUGUUAACUGCUGUCUGAAGUGGAUAACAGUUAAAAAAAACAGAAAAUCCUGUUUUCCUCAAUAUUACCUGCAUUAAUCGAGGCUGAAAAGCUACUUAUAACGUCGAGGCUACUAUUUAAGCCCAAUUCACCGCUCCAGCUAAUAUGCUGGGCUGGGCUGCAGUCCAGUGGACGGUGUGUCUGCUGUGGUUCCUGCGGAUGAGCGAAUCCACUGAAGACUUCGCGGGGGAGUCUGGCUCCGGCGGGGCGCCUUCAGAGGAGGUGAACAUUCUGGAUGAGCUCUCUCUCCAGGUGUCAAACAGCUCCAAUGCCUCCCUCUCUCUGGAUGGGGAGGCCAGGUGUCCUGUCCUACUGGUGGGCCAGUAUUCCACCUUGGCCCUGCCUCUGGAUGAAAUCUUCACUGACGGGUUCCCAGAUGAGUUCAGCCUGCUGGUGCAGCUCCGCAGCAGCCUGACAGAGGAGAGCAGCCUGCUCACCUUGCUCAGCCGGGACGGCGAGGUGAUGCUACAGCUGAGGACCAGCGGCCACGCCCUCACCUUCAUAGGCACCCAGCAGAGACACUACGAGUUCCCAGUGAGCAGUCUGACUGACGGAGAGUGGCACCGCCUGGCGGUGAGCGUGUCUCUGGAGCGGCUUGCGGUGUACGUGGACUGUGUGCUGUUUGAGUCCCUGGACUGGGUCUACUACGGCAUGGCCGUCUCCACCGCCGGCCUGCUGAUGGUCGGGGGGACCGUCAGGGGACACGAGACCCCUUUUGAAGGUGGCAUCCGACAGCUGAGCUUCAUGGCGGGCGACCCCAUCGCCGCCCGGCUCCACUGCAGCCUCCACCCUCCCAGGUGUGGGGGUGGAGGAGGAGGGCGCCGUGCCUCCAAGACCCCCCGCUCCCCAGGCACUAACAGCCCCCUUGAGGAGUUCCUCCUGUCCUCGAAUGACCUAGAGAACUUGGAGGGGGGCGCCAUGGACAAGUCUAGCCUGCUCCUCCGCUCCUCCUCGAACGCGUUCCUGCUUCGGAGCAGCUCCAGAGGCGACGGCACCGUGCCUUCAGGGACCCGUCGAGAAGGUUCGGUGGGCCAGGGGGUCGUCCUGGUGGUGGACGAGGACACCGACCUGUUCAACCCCGUCUUCCAGGGGGUAGGGGGUCAGCUCAACCCCCAGUGGAAGCCCCCCAGGACGGGCGCAAAGGGCCACCACGAGGGCAAGGCCGGAGCUCCCUCCAAAGGCCUGGAGGAGAACACCACCACCGGGAAGAGGGUGGAGACCGACUCGGGGGCCAGAGGGGAAUCCCUGCUUCCUGGAACCCCCAAGGGGGACAUUAUCCUGGACCUAGACACAAGGACCGGCCCCGAGAAGCCCUCUGGUACGUUCCCUGAUGGCAAGAUCCCCUCUGGAGAUCACACAAGAAACCCUGGAGCAGACGACGUACAGGAGGGUGGCUCCUCCCCUGGCUCUGCCGGGACCCCCUCAGGCAAGAGGGUCCCCGGGGAGAGGAGCGUCAGCUUGGACAACGCCAUCGAUGAAAAGCAACAGGGCUUCAUCGGUGGCGUAUCCGGAGACAAGGACGUGGCCCUGGGCUCAGACGGCCACUGGUACAGGCUACAGAGAGGGGCCCUUGGACGCAUGGGACCUCCAGGGACAGAAGGCGACCCCGGUGACCCUGGCCUGCCCGGUUUUAAAGGGGACAAGGGGAAGUUGGGCCCCUGGGGUCAGGCAGGGAGGCGGGGGGACCAGGGCCCUCCAGGACCACCAGGGCUGCCCUCCCUCUACCUGUGGAAGAACACUGCAGAGGAGUGGGCUGCCUUUCAGCAAACCAACUUCUUCCAUCUCCUGAGAUCAGGCUGGCCUAGUACAGAAGGAGCAGAGGGACCCCCGGGGGAGCUGGGCAGGCUGGGGAAUCAGGGUCUUCCUGGUGAUCAGGGAGAGCGAGGGAGACCAGGGAUAAUGGGCGAGAUGGGUGAACGGGGAAACAGAGGGGCUACAGGCACGCCAGGGAUCCCAGGAAAGGAUGGGCAGAGUGGGCAGCACGGGCAGCAAGGACCCCCUGGACCUCCAGGACCAAAGGUGGGUCCGCUGGGAUACAGAGGAGAACCAGGGACUAAGGGGGAGAUGGGCGAGGAGGGUUUGGUUGGCGGGAAAGGACCAAAAGGAGACGUUGGUGAACCUGGCGAGAAGGGUCUGAACGGGUUGAACGGUCGACCAGGACCUGUUGGUUCACCAGGUCCCAUGGGCGUCCGUGGAGCUGAGGGACUAGAGGGAGCCCCUGGUUCUGAUGGGGAGACGGGACUCGACGGAGGACCAGGUUUAAUAGGACCUCCGGGUGCAACAGGUGUAACUGGAUCAGUUGGUGCUCAAGGAGUUACUGGAUCACCGGGGGAUGUGGGACCUGCCGGCGCUGCCGGCCCCAAAGGACCGCAGGGCCCCCUAGGCCUAGAAGGACUGACCGGACCCCCUGGAACGCACGGCCCCCAAGGACGGCGUGGAUUUAUUGGUCUUCCGGGCCCCAAAGGAAACUCUGGGCCGGCGGGGCCAACGGGGGCCCGCGGGGACCUCGGGUUCGAGGGGCCAGUGGGUUCCCCAGGCACACAGGGGCUGAUGGGUCCUCUUGGUGCCACGGGGAAAAGAGGACCUGAUGGAGAGAAGGGGAAUCCCGGAUGCAAAGGAGAGAGAGGUUUCCAGGGUGUCACAGGUAUCGAAGGCCCCCAGGGAGAGAGAGGUCCCAGCGGCCUCCCAGGCCUGCCGGGGUUCAGAGGUCAACAUGGUGAAGGAGGCAUCGAGGGAGAGAGUGGAGAGAACGGUCUCCGGGGGAAACCGGGCAGCCGGGGGUCAAAGGGAAGCAGAGGACCAGUAGGCCGUCAAGGCAGACAUGGACCAAGAGGAGACAAGGGACCCCAGGGCCCGAGGGGACCCAGUUGUCAGCCGGGGCCCUCGGGGUUACCAGGGCUAACUGGGCAUAGAGGGGCUGAAGGAAAGCCUGGUACACAGGGCCCUUCUGGAGGAACUGGCAGCAGCGGAGAUAGAGGAGCCGCGGGUUCUUCAGGCCUGGCGGGGGGGAGCGGUGUGGAGGGCCCAGGGGGCUCUACAGGCCCCCCUGGAAGUCUAGGGCCUACGGGAAUACCAGGAUCCCAAGGAGAGAGGGGUUUCACAGGGAAGCCUGGCCUGGAGGGACCUCAGGGGCCCGUAGGCAUGAAUGGCUUCCCAGGGACAGUGGGCAUGCGCGGGGCUACAGGACACAUGGGAGAGAGGGGUGAGCCUGGUUUGAGAGGUCUAGUGGGCCCUAUUGGGAAGACCGGUCCUCCAGGACCAGCAGGACCCACUGGAGAGAGAGGUGUUGGUGGGCCGCGGGGCCGACUGGGAGACGGAGGUCCAAGCGGCAUUCCGGGCCCAGCUGGUGCUCCAGGGUUUCCAGGUCCUAAUGGGAUGAGGGGGAAGCUAGGACCCAGGGGGGGGCCUGGGACCGCCGGCCCACAGGGUCCUGAUGGCUCAGCAGGAAUAACAGGCCAGCAAGGUUCUGAUGGGCUUAUCGGGACGGCUGGGGAAAAGGGAGAGAAGGGUUUACCAGGACCUCUUGGAGAUGCAGGCCCAGUCGGACGAGGUGGACAGCAGGGCAACCUGGGCCUGUCGGGAGUUGAAGGCCCCCCUGGUCGUAAGGGUGACCAGGGAGACCCAGGUAAUCAGGGGAAGGGUGGUCCGCCCGGUCUCCUAGGUGACAGAGGGCUCCAAGGCCUGAAGGGAGAGCAAGGUCCAACCGGACCAAUCGGUAAAGAGGGAGACACUGGAUCCCCCGGUGAGACGGGGGGCGUGGGACCCGACGGGGACAAGGGUGAGGUGGGCUCCUAUGGGCUGUCGGGGAGAGAGGGCCCCUGGGGGCCCCAUGGAAAGAACGGUGAAGGGGGUCCUAAAGGAGAGAAGGGCUUCCUUGGAUUAUUGGGUGAGCCCGGGUUGCUGGGCGAGGUGGGGCCUGCAGGGCUGGCAGGGUUACAGGGAAUCGCGGGUACUAAUGGACCACCAGGUCUGGAUGGAUCUCAGGGACUGAAGGGAGACUCUGGAUCGUACGGGUUCAUUGGACUUCCAGGGGUAGCAGGUCCUCGGGGGACCAAUGGAGAUGUUGGAGUUAGGGGAGACCAUGGGAAGCUUGGACCACCGGGUCAGGUAGGACAGGCCGGGCCCAAGGGGCCUGUCGGAGCCAAAGGCGCCCCCGGACCGGAGGGACUGAAGGGAGAAUCAGGAGCACUAGGCCCACCUGGAGAACAGGGUGAAGAGGGUGCACCUGGCAUCAGGGGACCCACGGGCUUACCUGGACUAGAGGGAACCACUGGGGAGGCUGGGGUUCCUGGAGCUCGAGGGAUACCUGGGCUUCAGGGAGCCAAAGGGAAAACGGGAGCAGAGGGGAUAAUGGGACUGAAAGGGGAAAAGGGAGAGGGUGUCAGCGAUGGCCCUGCAGGGAAGACAGGUCUAGCUGGAAGAAGAGGCAGGCGAGGCAAGGCAGGGUCACGAGGGACCAGAGGAGGUCGAGGAGAAAAGGGAGAAAAGGGGCAGACGGGUGCCAGCGGCCAUCAGGGAUGGACGGGUCUCAUAGGAAUCCACGGCUUGCGCGGCGAAGCUGGAGACCAAGGAGAGAAGGGGCAAGUGGGAGAGAAGGGAGAAAUGGGUUCACCGGGACCUGCCGGGACUGAUGGCCCCAAGGGUUUACGAGGUCCAGUUGCGAUGCCUGGACCCGCGGGUAUCAAGGGAGAACAGGGACACAUCGGUCAGUCAGGGUCCAGAGGAACCUCUGGGAUGCCAGGACUUCCUGGUUUGUUUGGACUGAAGGGUUUGAAGGGCUACCAGGGGUUACCAGGGCAACAGGGAAGGCGGGGGCUCCCGGGACCCCCUGGGCUGCCCGGACCACCUGGACCCUCGCUGAACCUGACCUUGACACAGAUUAAGGACCUGAUGUACAUGUCAGACAAGCCCAACUACAACAUCCUCCAGAGCCUGCUGGAGUCCCUGAAGCAGGACCUGCGGCUGCUGCUGGACCCCCCCGACGGCUCCAAGGAGCACCCUGCCUCCACCUGCCUGGAGCUCUGGCUCUGCCACCCAGACUACCCCAGCGGGAUGUACUACAUCGACCCGAACCAGGGCAGCUACGCAGACGCCCUGCUGGCCUACUGCAGCUUCACAGACACGUCCAAGCAGACCUGCCUUCAUCCCAGAGACUCCCAGAUCCCUAUGAGGGCCUGGAUGGAAGACAUCCAUGACGAGAACUUCCAUUGGCUCAGCAGCAUGGAGCACGGCUUCCAGUUUGAGUUUGUAGGAGUCACGGUGGUGCAGAUGCGUUUCCUGAGGCUGCACAGCUCCAGGUCCAGCCAGAAGGUGACCUACUCCUGCCACCCGGGCCACAGGCUGGGCCAGGGGGAGCGGGACGUCAAGUUCCUGGCCGACACCAGGAAACAGAGCUUCCUAUCGACGCUCAAAGACUGUGUGCCCGGGGAGCAGAGUGCGCGCGGCCCCAGGGAGUCUGUGCUGGAGUUUGAGGACCUCCAGCUGCUCCCCCUCAGGGACAUGGCGGUGAUGGGAGGACACAACUUCACCCACCACUUCAGCUUCACCAUCGGGCCCGUGUGCUUCAGCUAGAGGCACCGAGGGGUGGCCCGACGCCGUCACACAACGGAACCCACAGACUGUGUUCAGGCACCCCCCCUCCGCCCUCCACCACCACCACACGGGACACCUACAACAUGGAGAUCACACCAAUAAGGGGACAACACGGGAGGCCUGUCCUCCAUUUUGUGAUCUCGUGUGGACGCCACUAUUCAUUUCCUCUUCCUUUUAUCAGAGAUUGCGUUUCUGCCAUUUUUCUACAAGGUCAAGGACAUAUCUUUUCAAUAUUGUUUACAGAGAUGUUUAUCUUGGAUUGAAUAAUUUAAAAUGGUUAUUGUUUUUGUUUGUUUGAUGUAUUUUAUAUAUAAUGGACUCUCCCUCCCUAUUGGACUUGUGUAUGCUGUCCCAGCCCUCUGCUAUAACAAUCCCUUUGUAUAUAGAGUUCAGAAUGCCCCAACUGUUCUGUUAACAACGUGUUCACGCACUGCAAAUACUCCUCCUCUGGCGCCCCUCGAUAAGGCCAGUGACCAGAUCAUAACGAGCGCUCCACUGCCCAAGGAUGACUUGAACACUACAGCCAAUGAGUUGUCUGUGUCAGUGCUUUUGUUCCAAGGUGCUAAGAAACGGGCACUUUGUAUUCUGGCAGAAAGGGAACGGCCAUAUUAAUCGUAUACAUAAACUUGAAGUUGUCCAACGUAUCUCGUUGUGGAUAAACUCCCCUAGCUUUCCUAUACCAGGCUAUACUCUGAUCCGGUUUAGCAGUGUAUUUCACGUAUUGAUACUUUUUUACCUCCAUAAUUGUAUAUACUCCUCAUCUCAGGUAUGCUACUUCAUAUGAUACACACGUGAACACUGAUGCCUCUGUGCACACCACACAAGUUUAAUCGGCCACUCAUAAAUCGUCAACAACAGAAGUUGUCCAACACGGUAAAACUCCUCCAUAUUUUACUAGUUUUCUUGUUAAGUUUGCGAGUUCACUUGUAAAAUGUGCACAUGAAAUUCUAAAACAUAAAAAGUUAUUGUAUUCUUCGCUGAGGGCAAACACUUUAAAGGGUCCUGUUGUACCGGUGAUAAACUGGUAGGCGUAUCGAUCACAUCAAACAUCUGGGUGGACCCUCCAAUUUAGGAUCUCACUAAAGGUGGAGAUGUUGAAAGGAAUUGUAGUGGAGAGUAAAAGUCACACCUUUUCCUCCUGAAUGAUCAUCAACAUCAAGAUUAUUAUUACAUUACUAUAAGCAGAACUAGGGCCUGUUUCUGAUUGGUCAGCUCAGUUAACUGCACAGACUCCAGAGGACAAGGCAGACGAGAUGGUCCGAGGAAGGAAGCAGAAAAGGAUUACAGUUUUUAUCCUUCCAUACAAAAAUUAUUUUGGAUAAAUUACAAAAGUAGUUGAGCACACAAGUCUUGUUCCUCCAUCUCCCAUCUGAAUACUGAACCAUGUUUUGUUUAAAUUGUUGCAAAUGGCUUUUGGAACAAGACAGGCUCGGCAAUUCUGUUGGUUACACAGCUCUGCUGCCAUGGUGCUACAAAAGCCUUCAAAGUUUUAAAUAGGUGGUUCUUCAUUUAUUCUUUGUAUUUGUCUUUUUUUUUAUAUCAGCAUAUGAUUGCCUUAGCUGGCUGAGACUGAUCAUUGGUACUUAAUACUGACCCUGUUUGUAUAAAUCAUAGUGAAGUGAAUUCAUGCUGGACAUUUGUCUUGUCAUUAAAAACAAAAAAAGAACUAUACGGUUGAAUAAAAAUAUUUCGAUCUCUA